UCUUACGUCAACAAUCGGUGUCUAUCCCGAGAUCUCAUUACUCUCUUUAUUUGACCUCUUCUCACCCUUCAAUCGUUCAAUCAGGCAUUGCAACACCACUUCAAGCUUGGCGGUUAACAGUACAGACAAGGAGUAGCGCAUAAUAGAGAUACAACAGCUAUGGCGUCCUUGCCACGCACUCUCUUCCGUCCCGCACGCCAUGCGCUGCUUCGCUCGACAGCCUCCAAGGUCCGUGCUUCACCGGCUUUAGGCGUCGGUGUUACCCGUGGGAUGGCGGCCGUAGGCAGUGUGCCGCCCAUGGAGCCUCAAAAAGAGCGGCCCCGCGAGAUGGCCGUUGGCGAGUUUGAGGGCGCAACCGUUAAAAUCGAGCCAUUGCGCCGCAUAGGCGAGGACGAGAAGACGAUGCGUGCUCGACUAGUCUACCAAUCCCGCAAGCGCGGCAUUCUCGAAACAGACCUACUCCUCUCAACUUUCGCAGACGAGUACCUCCCCACCAUGACUCUCGAGGAGAUGUCCCAAUACGACCUGUUCCUCGACGAGAACGACUGGGACAUUUACUACUGGGCCACACAAGAGGAGCUCUCUAGCAGUACAUUACCAUCCACACCAUCAUCUUCUUCUUCUUCUUCAGCAGCCACGACGACAGACACAAGCUCCGCAUCCUACGGCAGCUCCGUCGAAACAGCCACAGCCACAGAGUCAUCGACGACGAGCACGGGAGGCAUCCCGCUGGAAGGAGAGCACGUCGACACCAAGGCCGCCCCGCCGCCGCCGCCGUCCCCGUACAAGGGCGAGUGGGCGCAGACCGUGGGCACCUUCAAACCCGCGUACAGACCGGUUCCGGCGCGCUGGCGCGACAGCGCCGUGCUGAAGCUCUUGAGGGAACACGUGCGCGCACGGUCGGGCGAAAAGGGCGGUAUGGCGUUUAUGCCGGCGUUGCGGUCCUAGGCCACGAAGUAAUCACCCCGUGUGCGAUCUAUAUGUAUGUACACACGUAUAACUAACUACCUAUACAAAAAUGUAACGCCAGAAGAUAAGCACGGCAGUGACAAUCAAGAAAUCAAUGUAAAAAGCCCAGUCAUGUGUCUUUGAAGAAGGUAUUAUCCCUGCUACGCGGAAGGAGACUGAUAUAUCUGUAGUUAGUAAAUGUAAUGUGAGCAUAAGCAAGUAAGUAAGUAACCUAGUGGAAGCAAAAAGGGGAGGAAAGCCCUUUAGACCCGGUAUCUGGGCAUUACAUUAGAUAUGCGCAGGAAGGAAAAAGCCAUUCAUGUUAAAUAAUAACUGUCUACUUGCCUUUUAGACAGAGUUGAAUUUAUCAAUCAAAUCUGCCUUUUUCAAAUGAGAAACCAUAACCACACUAGC